UGAUCAAAUACCACCGAUAGAAAGCUCAGUUCCACGCAUGCGCAGCUCAGUGAGCGUGCAGCGUUGUGUCCUGAUGAUCAGUGUGGCCCCAGAAGUGCCACCUGUCAGUGUCCAUCAGUGCCAGCUGCCAAUGCUGAACAGUGCCACGUCCCAGUGCCACAUCAAUGCCACCUAUCAGUGCCUACCAGUGCACAUCAAUGCCACAUAUCAGUGCCCAUCUGAGCUGCCUUUCAGUGUCACCCAUCAGUGCCAGUCAGUGCCACCUAUCAAUGCCAAUCAGUGCCGCCUAUCAGUGCCAGUCAAUGCCGCCUAUCAGUGCGCAUCAGUG